UUCCUUCCAAAAAAAUACUACACAUUUACAUUCUACACUUUCCCCUGUUUUUUCUCUUCUCUAGCUAUAAGCCUAUAACUCCAACACUCAAAAAAACAACUCUCUCCAAGGCUACAAACCAAUACCAAGAAAACACCGAUCGAAUUCCGGCAAAAAAGAAAAUAAGCAGCAUGGCUAAUUUGAGCAAUAACAUAACAGCAUUCUUGAACUUUUUGGCAUUUAUGUGCUCCAUCCCUAUAAUCGCAUCAGGCACCUGGCUAGCUUCAAAGCCCGACAACGAAUGCAUCCACUGGCUCCGAUGGCCGGUCGUCUUCAUCGGAAUCGCCAUCAUGUUAGUUUCUUUGACUGGCUUUGUCGGAGCUUACUGGAAAAAGGAAGGCCUUCUAGGUGUCUACUUGGUGUGCAUGGCGAUUCUCAUCGUCCUUCUCCUCGUACUCCUCGUGCUCGCCUUUGUCGUCACGGGUCCAACUGGCUCCUAUAUGGUCCCCGGAAGGGCAUACCAUGAGUACAGGCUUGAAGGAUUUUCUUACUGGUUGAGGGAUCAUAUUACUAGUGCUGAUAAUUGGGGGAAUAUUAGGGCAUGUUUGGCUGAUUCUGGUAUUUGCCCUAGACUUAACAAUCACUAUGUCACUGCUGAACAGUUCUUUGCUGCUGAUCUCUCCCCUAUUCAGUCUGGAUGUUGUAAGCCUCCAACAAUCUGUGGAUACCAGUAUAUGACCCCAAUCCUGUGGACUAACCCAACAAACGCAAUAGUAGAUGCUGAUUGCUCCAUCUGGAACAAUGACCCUAGCCAAUUAUGUUACAAUUGUGAUUCUUGCAAAGCUGGCUUACUCGGAAACCUCAGAAAAGAAUGGAGGAAAUCUAAUCUCAUUCUCAUCAUAACUUUGGUCAUUCUCAUAUGGGUUUAUCUCAUUGGUUGUUGUGCUUACAGAAACACCCUAACUAAACCACAUUCCAAAAAAUAGGUUUGGGCUUGAUUUCCUUUUUGUUUUCUAUUCCAAUUCCUAAAAACAUCAGAUCAACAAGUUACAAUCUGAACAGCACUGUCAUUGUUACAAUUAGCCUCAUAACUAUUGCAGUUCAGUUGUUUUUUGUUCCUAGUAAUUUGUGCUAAGAAAAAAAAAAUGAUGAUUUUGGCGUUUAUAAUUUUAGUUUUUAGAUUUUGAAGUGAUAGUUUCUUCAUCAACGAGAUUGUACAUAUUCCUUUGCACCACUUUAUAUCAAUUAACAGGUUUGCCGACCAGUGGACCUCGAA